AUGGUGGCCAGUGGAAUGGCAGUUGUGCUGCUGGUCUGGUACUCUAGUUUCACACUGUGCCUGGUUCUCUCUUUAGGCCCCAGGCAGAGUGGGAAUCUGCCUUCGUGCGCCGGACGUUGCGAUACGGUCGGGAAUAAUCCAGUCUGGCCGUGUCAAUGCAAUAAUCUAUGCGUGAACUUCGGGGAUUGUUGCGAAGAUUAUGAAGAAGUUUGUCUCAGCUGCUUGGAUCGAUGUGGGACCGAUUAUAACAAUCUCUUCCCCUGUCAAUGCAAUGAUGUAUGCUCCCAGAAAGGCAACUGUUGCCAGGAUUUUGAUCAAUAUUGCGAUGAAUCCUCCCGAUUGGUGACGGAUGAUGACUUGCGGACCUUGGCUGAAGCCCUGCUGGAAAUGGAGAAUAACGUGAGAGGACUUCUUACAUUUGACCUUCAAGGUCAAUCCUCCCCGAACGGAGGAGACGAAGCACCUGAACCUCUCUUUGCGGGAGAAUUACCCGAGGAGGUUACUUCCAUUGAGAGCAUAGCAAAGAUGAUGGCCCUGUUUGACAAUUAUGAACCUAAUACAACUUAUCCAGAGGAAGUCACACCUGAAGAGGAAGAGGAGACAAGUGCCUUCCUUGACACCAUUAUUGAUACUCCCAUAAUGCAAACUGCAUAUCAAUUCCUCCUGGACAAGGGGGAGAUACAGGAUGAUGAAGUGGCGUUCAAGGAAAGGUUGAGGGAAAUGUGGUUUGACAUGUACCCAAGGGAUGGGCCCAGUCCAGGUUCCAGUGGAUUUGAACAUGUCUUCAUGGGUGAAUUGCAGAUAGCUGCAGUCACUGGGUUUCAUGGAUGGGUCUGGUUCUUCCUACAAGAACUAGAACAACGCGUUGACUAUUUCGGGUACUUGACCUAUAGGGACCUCGGCGACAAGGGGGUCCACCUGGAACAUACCUUUAAAUGGGAUGGCAAGCGAAAGCCCAUCAGCAGCCUCUACAUUGGGGCAAGUCCUGAACUGGAGAUGGCCCUGCUGACAGUAUGCUUUAUCACAAGACCCAAUUCCAUCUGCCCAGUCAGAAUGGCUGGAGAGGAUCUUCACAUCCAGACAUAUGUCGAGGAAUACAAUGGGGGAAUCCAUGUGGGGACAGCAUAUUUUGAUAUCUCAGGUUGAUCAUCACAUGAAAUGCAGAUAGUAAAACCUGAUUGUUCAACAAA